GGACAGGCUUCCCCAUCGAGGACGUGGACGUGUAGCCAUCCCUGUCGUGGCCGCAGGACACACUGACUGUUUGCCUGCUCCACUGUUUUCCUGUUGUACCACAAGCUAUUCUGGCUUGGCCCCGAUUGUAACGAAUCCGUAUCGCACGUCGCAGUGCGAAAAUGUGUGCAAAUACUGCAAUGUACCCGCAGUAAAUUGGCCGCAGGAUCGCCUGACACUCGCUGCAAAAGGACAUCCAGGUGCUACGCCCUAUUUCGCAGUCAAUCCAGCCAGGUAGUAUAGGUGUACGUACUGGCAGAGGUGUAACCAACCAUGCCCCUGCGAACGGUGCAGGAAUGCGGAGUCCUUUUGUGCCAGUGAAGAGCAACCAACACGAAGCAACGCCACGACGAAGCGGACAAUCCGCCAGUGCUGUGUAAAAGAACGAGAGCCAGAACAACAAGGACAAGACCAAGAGCAUCGAGUACACCAGAUCGCAGAUUCCGCAGAGAAGGGUCCGCCAAAAAUUAGUCCGCCGGAAUGAGGGUGGCGGCGGACAUGGCGUACGACUACGGCAGCGAGGACUCCAUGAGCACCACCCACCUGGACUGGCCCUUCCUCAUCAAGGGCAUCCUGGAGGGCCAGACGUGCACGCCCACUGCGCCGGAGCCGCUGGCCGCCAUCCUGUGGGCCAUCUUCGCCGUGUUCGGCAUCGUGUACGCGCUGCUCGGCUACCGAUGUCUGCGCGCCGUGGGCUUCCUCAGCGGACUGCUGGUGGGCGCCAACGGGAUCUUCAUUCUGCAGGACUUCCAGAUCACCUUCCUGGGCAAGCCGGCGGACUCGGCGCUGGCCAUUGUGGCGGGCUUGCUGGGCGCGGUGCUCGGCUCCACAUAUCCGGUGGCCUCUGUCCUCAUUAGCGCCUUCGCCGGCGCCCUGCUCUCCGGCGCCGCCAUGGCCGUCUGCGUGGCCACCUUUCCGGACAACGAGUUCGGGUACCGCGAGAUCUAUGUGGCCGUGGUGGGUGGAGCCGUCAUCUGCUCCGUGCUGACCUUGUGCUGCGUGAAGUACGUGACCAUUCUCACCUCCAGCAUUGUGGGCACGGCCAUGAUCCUCAGCGCCAUCGACUUCUUCACGCACGGCCUGGAGACCAUCAAUUGGAUAAUCGGCAUGCGACCGCAUCCCUCGCCGCCACCUUGCUACGGUGGCCUCCUGAUCGCCGCCUGGCCCGUCACCAUCGUGCUCAGCAUCAUGGUGCAGUGCUUCAUUACCGCCUGGCGUGUGGAUCACCGCAAGCGGGUGUACAUGCGGCAUCACAACCAUCCCGGCCACGCCCACGGCGCCCAUCUGCCGCACAGCCAGCAGCAGGCGGGACCCAACCACGCCCCCGCUCCCGUCCGGCGAUCCCAAUCCCGCAACCGGGAGACGCGCGAGGAGGCCAGGCAGCGCAAGUUCCGCUAUCUGUACCAGGUGCGCACGGCCCGUGGUGACAUCAUAUCGCAGAACUUCGUGUCGGCUCUGCAGAAGCGCAUCCAGCUGAGCGGCACGGAGACGCCGUCGGAGAGAUCGAUCAAGAGCAGCUCGAACGAGCGGAACACGUUCCGGAGCGACCGCACGCACUUCACCACCAUCCACGAUCCGGACUCGGAGCUGUGCGACAAGAUCGAGAUCGUCCGUGACAUUGGAUAACAAACAAGCAAUAGCUACAUGUAACUAUACCCGUAGGGGGGCUACGGGCUGCGGUACUUGGGCGCGGAUGUGGCCAUGGUCGGGGGACACAACCGUAUGGUUGGAAAGUUGAACGGGAUUGGGGGCUCCAGGGAGCUCUAGGGGGCGGCGGAGGACCCACACAAGUACGGUUGCAUGUAGACUUUGUAGACGAGGCACCAAGUGCCGGACGCACCACAAACGGAAGCGGAAAUGGUGGCACAGAGCCGAGUGGAUGGUCAUUGGAAGCUUUAAAUAUCAGAGGAUAUACGACGGAUCUGGAGCUGGUUUCGCAUGGAAGCCUUGGAGCUCGUGCCAGCCGCAGAUCAGCGGGACGAGUUAGCCUAGACUAAGAUUAAUCGCAUCGUGCACAGCUAGAGUCUAAGAUGAUGGACAGCACGGAAGGAAGCUGGCAGGGCGCUUUUGUUCUCUUCACUUAAUCGAAUGUUACUACAGAUAGGAAUACCUACUACAUAGCGAUGGGCUGCGUGAUGCAUGGUCGUGGCGGAUCAUGGGUACCUGGGACUCCUGCAACUACACUAUAUCCAACGCAGUACUCGUAGCUUCUCCCACUUCGUAUUUAGCCAGGCAAUUGCAAUUACUAAUCCGGUUCAUAUCUGUGUUAUAACUCUACGAUUAUAAUGGGAUGCAUCCAGCUGCAGGGGCCCAUGCCAUGCCCACUAUCUAGCAAGAUAUAUAUAUAUAGCAUUACGUUGUAAACUCCAAACAUUCGGAUGCAGAGCAGUUUCCCGGAGGCUCAAGGCAGGCGAAAAUACAAUACAAUACCUAUUAAGUACAAUAAGAGAGGGGGGAGGGGGGUGUGUGCAUUCCAUCUAGAAUGGACGCAGCCAUCUAGACUAGGACUAGGAUUAGCCAGUUAGCCGGAUGAGCCAAAGCUAAGCCACUUAAUUGUCGAUGCCAGUAAAUCACAAUCCGCUGCAAGGGGCUCGCACUUGGGGCGCGACCAAGUCAGAAUCCAACGAUCCGCUCGAUCAGCCGUCUUAGCGUUAUCCGUAAGAUUAGCGUUCGAAAUAUAUAUAUACUUUAAGACAUUAGAUCCAUGCAAACAGCGGUACAAACUUCAGAAAUUCACGCUAUAAAUGCUAGAUGAAACAUACCAAUUUAAGUGAUAUAAAGCAUUUUAAACGGUCUGACUAUGGGGCUUAAUCCGUUUACUAGCGCGAAAUGAGUGCGUGCAUCUGGUUUUACGAAGUCCUGCGGUCUUCCAUGCUCCUUUGUUUCCAAGCAAUUUGCAAUUCAUUUCAAAGUACGCACGUAUUUUUCAUUCCGCAGUACGGAUUAAGCCCUUUUAGCUGGACACAACUACAAGAUAAUUAGAUAAAGUGGCGCGUUUAGAGGAGGAACUAGAACUGGGGGGCAGUUCUUUCUCCUCGAAGGAGGAUUGGACAUUGCCGGGCAGGAACUUCCAUCUCGAAUCGGUUGGUUUCCAAAUCGCAAACACCUAUACAACUCGAGUUUCCUGUUAAGUUGAUUAGCAAUUAGUUUCUAGGAAUGGCUGCCGUCCGCAAUUGUUGAUUUAUUACUAUUACUAUAAAUAUGCAUAGAUUUGCGAAUUUUGUUCUCAUACUUUGAUUCCUAUUAGUUGCUCACUCUAUCCUCCGGUCGUUUUAAUGUUCAACAGCAAUGUCUAAUCGCAGGAUAAUGCAUUUAACUU